AUGACGGAGAUAAUUUCGUGCGCAAGGGACACUCAACUGCACACCUUCCCUGGGUUGGAGGAGUUGUCCAGUAGUGCCCAUGUCCACACGGAUGGCUCCAAUUGCCAGUUCUUCGCGGAUUCGUCGAAGCUGUUAGUCCGGACGAAUAAAAACUGGGGCAUAGAGCUGCUGCGCAUCAAGAGCAACGAUCAGCCGGUGGGCGGUCGCACAUUGGCGACCGUUAAGAAAAUUGCGAUCGAGAACCUGUACUGCGUUGCGUGCCCGAGAACGUCGGGUAAGGACGAGAUAGCGAUCGGGUUGACUUGCGGCAUGGUGCGCUUCAUGAGCUACAAGAAGGCAAAUUUUUCGAAACGCUUCGAUGCCGACCGCAUCGCGAUCGGUGUCACGUUUAUGGAUUUCAACACCACCGACGACUUCCUGGCGGUGGUCUACGAGAACGGACAGGUGAAUCUGUACGGCAUGAAGACCAGCACGAAGCUGCAAAAGCUAGCGUUCGACAAGCAUACGGUCAAAGCACGGUUCCAUCCAACGAAACGAUGCCACUUGGCGGUCGCUUCGUACAAGGGAGGGGUAGUGCUGUACGAUUCGCAGUCCAAAAAAACGGUAUACUCGCAGCCAACCGCGCACCAGUCACCGUGCCGUGAUUUGGCGAUGGUCGAAAGCUUUCCGGACUAUCUGUUUUCCGUCGGCUACGACAGUGUGAUCAACAUCUUCGACGUGCGUCGGAACGAGCGGGCUUUGCAAAUCCUGUCCAACUACCCCUUCGAGUCGCUGGCGAUCGCCGACGGUGGGCAACAGUUUGCGGUGGGCAACCUAAAGGGCUACGUUUACGGAUACGAUAUGCGCUCGCUAAAAGAGCCGUUGAAUAUGCGAAAAGUGCAUCAAACCAACGUAAACAGUUUGGCGUUCGUGCCCCUCCCGAAGGAGGGUGCGAGCAGACGCAGCAUGAUCGAGCUGGAGAUGUCCAGGAAGCCUGUCAAGGGCUCGGCGCGGGUCAGUGAAGGAGGCGCGGCAAUCGAGGACACGGAACCGAGAGCAGGUCGCAGAUCAAUGGAUCAGCACGACAGUUUCAUGGGCGAGAUGGAUUUGUUUCUGCAGCGACGCGAUAUUCCGCUCGAUUGUAUGUCGCGCCUGAGUACCUCCUCGCGCCUUAGCAUGGAAUCGCGCUCCAGCAUGCAAAUGGCCGGCAACAAUCUGAUGGGACUGCUGGAGGAUCUUUCCGAUUGCCACCUGGAGUUGAAUGCUUCCCAACAGGCCACCGAAGACGCUACAGAGACUUCGCAUGAAGCGGCAGCACCCACCAUCAACGAUAGCUUCGUGAAUAAGAAACGAUUGCAGAAAAGGGCGAAGGUAGAUUGUAGCCGGUUGGAUGGAAGCGUUGAACAGCGGCUCCACCGGCCAGCGGGAGGUGUGAGGUCGGGUGACAAUUUGGAAUACAUUCGCGAAGAAGGUUCCGAGGUGGCGGAAAGUGACAGUGAAGUAGCCGCGACAAACAGCACCUGUAGCAACAGUAGCAGUAGCCAUAGAGACAGCCAUGCGAAUCGGGUAUUAGCCGAAAGCCAGCAUGGCAACACUGCUCCCGGAGCGGGCGAGAUGCGAAAGAGUGGCCCGCAAUCGAAUGUCGUUCAUGAUAAAGAAAAUCAGACGCGUGUGUCGGUGGGGAGUGUCCGGCAGGAACUAUCCGGUACUUCCGUAUCCGCAGCCACUAAUCCUCAGGAAACAUCAGUUCCGAAUGAAUGUGCACGAUCUGUGGAAACACACCUAUCGCAGCAUCGAGAGAUCGCUGGCCAGAUUGAGGAAUUACGGAGCUCCAUCAUGGAGCAGUUUCAGGAAAGCCACCUUCAGCAGCUCGACGCAGAGCAGGCUCUGCGCAGCCACUUGUGGAUGGGAAUGUUUAAUUUGUGGCGUGAAACUCAAGCCAAGCUGGAAUCGCUGGAACAGACCGUUAACACUGGGUUGGGAUUACUGUUGGCGAAGGACGAAUUUACGCAGCAAUUCAUCGCAACAAGAUCGGAAAACAAAACUCUAAAGGACCGGGUACAGGAGCUGGAAGCAAAGUUACAUGCAAAAGUUUCGAUGAAACGAUAA